UUGGGUGUCCUCUCACGGGACGACUUUGCAUUUCGCUAUCGGCCGCGAGAAGCGGCGGGAAGAGCAGUUUUACUGAUUUUUCGCCACCGUCGUUGCCUGAAUGUUAUAUCACAAAUCACGGGAGUGCGGGAGAUGGCGGUCAGUGUCGUGAGAUACCUGCUACUCGUCACCCUGGCCUUUCUGCAAUACCACGAUGUAAGCGCGGAGACGAAGACGUUCAAGGACCUGUUUAACAGUACAUCCUGCGCUAAGCCACCCUACGAGUGUCCCCAUCCGCAGAUCCAAUUUUAUUUGUACACAAGAGACACGCAAAAGAAACCUUUACGCUUAGACGUUCGAAGGUUCGACUCCCUUCACUAUUCCAGAUUUAACAGGUCGCAUCCCACUAAAAUCAUUAUACACGGUUUUGGUGGCGGAAGGAAUCUGAUACCUAGUCCAGACCUUCGAAAAGCGUAUUUCACGCGAGGCAAUUACAAUAUAAUAAUCGUCGAUUACGGUGCGUUGGUACGCGAGCCCUGUCUAUCGCAGAUACAAUGGGGUCCAGAUUUCUGUUCACGAUGUAUUGCUCAAUUGGUAAGGUACUUGAGGGAUCAUCCUCGGGGUACGAGGGUGGAGAAUAUACACGUGCUUGGGUACAGCGUGGGUGCCCAUAUAGCCGGGCUGAUUGCGAAUUAUUUGCCCGAUGACAGACUUGGAAGGAUCACAGGACUCGAUCCGACGAUAUUUUUCUACAUGAAUGGAAACCGAUCGAUGGAUCUGGACGAGACGGAUGCUCACUUCGUCGACGUGAUCCACACCGGUGCUGGCAUUUUGGGCCAAUGGGGGCCAACGGGACACGCGGAUUUCUACGUAAACGGAGGCUCCAGUCAGCCCGGAUGCGCGACGACUUCCUUGCUCCAGACCCUGUCGUGCGACCACACAAAGGUAACGCCUUAUUACAUAGAGUCAAUCACGACGAAAGUAGGAUUCUGGGCAGCCCCCUGCGGAAAUCUUUUUUCUUACCUGAUCGGAUGGUGCAAACCCAAGCUGGACGAGUACAUUCUUAUGGGAGAAGACGCCCCUCACACAGCACGAGGCAUCUAUUAUCUCUCAACAAACGCACACAAACCGUACGCCCGCGGUCUUCCCGCAAAAAGCCAACAAACGACAAACCGGAAGCGAUCGUCCUACCGCCAGUAUUGAGCUUAUUGAAGCAACUAAUCAACAUAAUUAUAGAAUAGAGUGUCUGCAAUUAGUCGCAUACAUUGUACGUUGUGUUUGACCCUGUUGUUUCUUUGUACAUUAUAUUUUUAAUUAGUUUUUACGCAAUAAACUAUUUUCCUACGCAGCCUACCGUGAAUUCCGCGUCCCAUCAUCCGCGACAUCGUUCACGAUUCGUGAUUAUCGUGUCCGUUGCAUAUUAGAUUGUAUCAUCAUCGUGAUCGAAGUACUUUCACCUUUUUUCCGUCGUAACGAAUUCCAUGGUAUCGUUUGAAUGAUUAAUAUCGAUUCAAGAAUGCAAUUGCAAACUGUCUUCCUCCUCAAAAUAUAUUUUUCCCUGCACAGUGUUAGGGCUCGAAGAACGAGUAGAACACGUAUCGUUGUCUCGCGAUUGCUUAAGAAAGAAUUGGUCUCGGGGACAGUUUUAUGUUAACAACAAUAUUUAUUACAUAAUAAUUACGAUAUAAUAAUAACUUCUAUGGAUUUACAGUACACUGUCGCACUAAACCUUAAUUAUGUAUAAUAUGCAAUGGAAUGAUUACAAGUUGUUAAGACAUCCACGUUUCAAGCUGGAGGCGUUCAGGGCUUCGUUUUCAGGUUGGCUCGAAUGCGAACGACAAGGGAACAGUCCCUUCGUCUGCUCCACGUUCCAUCGCGGGAACGAUGCUCGAUCGUUAGAAAUCGAUCGCGAUCUACGACUCGGCCAGGGAUCAGAGAUGGACGAAAUUACAUUCGAAUAUCAAACGACGAAUAAAAACAACAUGCGACGAUCUGUUCACCGUGUUUCCACCCAUCGAAGUCGUUCGGAUAUGCCCAUAUUCGUGAAAUAUAAUUUAAUUGUGUUCCAUUACGAUUUUUAUCGAACAAAUGACGGCUCAAAAAUCGUUCAUAUUUUAUUCGUUAUUCGAAAUUCGAACAAGAAUUUUGCCCAUCUCUGCCAGGAACGACGCGUUUCGCUUUCGCCGGGCACCGUCCCAAAACGUAAGACUUCAAUUUUAUGUUUAUAUAUUAUAUAUAUAUAGAUCAUAAAGUUAGGAAUAAAUUUCUCACUACACCUUACGGCGAAUAACGUAGGAUCUACCAUAAAAAAAUGGACAAUUUCCCGUGUGUUCGGUGAAAAAUGACAAACCGAGAAACGAAUCAUUAGCACGGAGUCGUUCUCCUGGGAGCCAGAACGAUGCUUCAACAACUAGAACGAGCUGUGCGCUUGAGAUUUUCGUUUUCUUCGUUUUUAACGUUACGUUAUGUUGCGUUUAUUAAUGUAUAAAUAUAUUUCUCAAUCGUUGUCAAUAGUUUGGUAUUAUCUAUUAUUGUUUUUUUUUUUUUUUAUACAUAUAUAUAUAUAUUUCCUUUGCUUGGACCCUUUCGCGACGGCAACGUCUACGCGAAGAGUUCAUUUUCAUUUUAUAUGUUUAAAAUCUGCGCCAACUGAGAUGCGUCAACGAGCAAUGUUGCACGACUACCAGAGUUGAGCAAAAUUCUAAUUCAAUCAGGUAACUGUAUAAUAAUAGAAUGAUGUAUCUCACAAUGAAUGGAGAAAUAAAUAAAUGUUCAAUUAUUCAUUUUAAUGACGAAUAAUUUGCUGUAUGUUGCAUGUAAUUAUCAUUCGAUUAAAAUUUUGCCCAUUUCUGGUCACAAGUUACCGGCCGAACUGGCCCGAAUAGGGCCGAAUUGGGCCGAGUAGCCCUGUCCACAGACGCUACGAAGCUUUCGGAAGGUUCCCUCCCCCCCAUUACCGUGGUGGCGUUAGUGCAAUAUGGCGCGUGGAGGAUGACGAAAUUGGCGUAAGAGACGACAAUUUCUGGUCGACACUGUUGAACUUUUCACUUCGAUGCCCUCUAAAUCACUCAACUCGUUAAAACAAGCCAUUUCGCAGAGUAUAUAAGUAAUUUUACUCUGGAAAAGUAGUGUUCAACGUCACGAGAACAUCGUACUACCGGCAUUCGAAGUCAGGGUCAAGCAACGCCAAGCUGCAUGGUAACUAUUCUUUCGAUAUUUGUUCAUAGUACGUUUCAUCGGUAUUGUGCCUCAUUUUACACGAUAAAUUUGAAUCUUCGUAAGAGUUUAAUCGAUAACGUCUACCUUGUCAAUGAUUUUAACGAAUAAUAUCUGAGAUAGUCAUUCGGUCGCGAUUGUCGCGGCAAGUUCAUGGACACCAUUUCACGUCGUUUGGCGCUAAACUUUCCACUUGACGAAUUUAUGAUCAGACGCUCAAUGUAUCGGUAUAAUACUUCGAUAAUUGUCUCUGAAAAUAUAAUUAUUGUUCGUUGACGUCAAUUGGCAAUGGCGAUAUAAAAACUACUGCGGAUAAUAGAAAUUUAUAAUCAUCACGCUUGGUAAUUAUGUGUAUUACAGGACUGUCCACAGGUGGCACCUGUUACGUGGACAUCUUUCUCCAUCUUGUGUCCGAAACGAAGGAGAAAGACGUCAUUGUGGUUCAGAACGGGCAGAAGCGUCUUUGGACGCACGUUUCGGUUCGUGGACAGGCCUGGCGCGCGAGGAUACGUUCGAAAACCGUCUCAAAAGGGUAAGUGGAUCAUUGUUAACGAUAUUAUGGAAUCUUCUUUGUUGAGUGACGAAUCACGGUGAGGAAAAGUUAGAGAGCGUAGUGAUUCGCGUUAUCGAAGGGGAGCAUCGCGACAUCGUGGACGAUUCGUUUAAUCUACACGCAAUUAUUCCUAUUCUGCUGUUGCAUCGUUCUACUCGAGGAGAAACAAGAACCGAAAGUGUCAACUCGACGUUAUUGUUAGGCUAAAUUAAGGCUUUACAAAGAUUCAUCGUACUUCUGCUGCUUCUUCUUCUUUAUUUACAUCAUCGUGCUUCGUCGCUACGGGCAAUUUAGAUCGACGCACCCGGCUGCGUCUUCGUAGAAACCGUGAAUGACGCUAACGUGACAAUCGGUACGUUUAUUGUUGAAAUCAGUGGCCCGCUAAUCUCGCGGUAAAUUUAAAAGACUCGAAGGACCCAGGUCACUGCUAACAAAAACGACCAUGCUCGAAAGACUGGCGUAGCGUGUUUCAAGGGAAUCGUUGGUAAACGGAUGGGAAGAACGUAUGGUGUUUGACUGUGCGUGAGUUCGAUCGCGAGUGCUAACGAUGAUCGAUAAUGUCUGCUUCUAGGAAAACUUUGUCGUCGAAAUCAAACUCGUUGCCGUUGCAAGUGAUUGUAAGUGCCCGAGGGACAACGCAAGACAGACGGGACGGGGGACUAUAGUGCGUUCCAUGGGACGACCAGAGGACCUAGCCUAACCACGUGACUGCAACAUGAUCGCUUGAUCAUGUUGAUACGAUCAAGUGAGAUACUCUUCGAAGUUACAUAAAUUCACGAUACAUAUCUUUGAUUUGAAUAUCAGAAAUUUAAUUUUGGUAGAAUUUAUGCAAUUUACUAUUUCUGAAUAGAAAUAACAAUGAUCAUUUUACAAUUUUAUACAUUAAUAGAGAUAAUACAUAAAUGUUGGGUUGUCCGGAAAGUUCAUGCCUAUUUUUAAGAAAAAUUCAAAGGCAUAUUUGAAUUUUGAUUUAUAUUUAUUGAAUUAUAUAUGUACCAUUUUGUUCCAUAACCUUUCCACUUGUUAAGGAAUGUACACAUAUUAUAUGUUUUCAGCCAUUCCGAUGUAUUCAGACCUGUACCGCCUACCAAAAAUCGGCAUGGACUUUCCAGACAGACCAAUAAUAAAAGUAGCUAGCCAAUGAAAUUUUAGUCACGUGGUAGACGUAGUUCAUAUCCUACUUUAUCGUCUUACAGAAAGUGCUACAGGUUUAGGAAUUAUUAUCGACACAGCUGAAAGGCGUACUCCUUUAUACCGGUAAAAUUCGAAACGCUGAAACUGAUUGGUAACAAAAUCAAUUAUCAUUCGGAAAUUUUUUACCGCUCCACGAUAGCUAUGAGCAGUUAUACGCUUCGUAAAAAAUCACAGGCAUCGAGAUCUUAGGCACGUAUUGGAUGCUCGCAUUUCGCCGUAGAUUCGCUUCCAACUUCGCCAAAUGCUUUCGAGCGUGCUCCGAUCGGUAUGCACAGUGCUGAAUUUCUUUCGUGUUAUUGUUUUCAUAGAUCAAGCCUUCGAUUCGUAGCAUUGAAAUUAAAACUGGUUUCUCAAACCCUCGACAACGAAAUCAGUGCUCUGCACGUUUUAAUUAUCGUUGUUUUAUAGAACUAAUAGCUAUAACUAUAGCGACAUGAUUUUAAGCGAAGUCGAAUUUCUAGGAUUCGUAUUUAUUGAACAUUUUUUUUUUUUUUGGUAUGGUAAUUUGGUAUUUCGUAAUUUCAACAGACACAUAAUCCCAAUGUUGAAUAAUGUUGAUUUACAUUGCACGCGACAAGUUAAACACACGAAUUAUACAUUUCGUUACAUCGAUAAUUGAAAAUUUAUUUUCUGGCGUAUUUGUAGUUUUUCAUCAAAGAGAAAGACGCUGGAUUCGGAACACGCGUAUUAUAGUACAGGAUAGGUUAAGACACUAUCGAAUGAAAUGGUAACUUCGUCGUCGAAGGGUUAGGUUGAAAUAACACUGAAUACGUAGUAAACAGAAAAACGUCACCGUCGAAUCCGAAAAUGAAGUUUCUCGAACGAUCACUUUCAACACUGUUCGAUUCUAUACGUUCAGGCCAAAACGUAAGCACACAUUCGUGAGCCUGCUCGGAUCGAUUGCCACCUAUUGAUUCGAAUAAGUUACUCCGCCGCAUUUCGUAUAUCACCGUGUAUACGAUCUACUCAACUAAACCACUACGCGUUGCGUUUUUUGUUUUGUUUCUUUAAUUAUCGUUAUCAGUAGUAAUAUUAAUAAUAUUUACCAUUAUUAUUAUUAUUUUCUCAUCGACGACGAUCGACCCGUUUACUUGAGUAGUACUCGCACUGCUUAUGGUAAAUGGUAAUGAUCGAUAAUCGUGCCAUCGGUGAUAAGUUCUCUCUUCACGCGAAUAACGAAUAAACUCUUAUCGGAAUAAACAUUUAUUCGAACAUCGCUUACGAGUCAAAUAUCGUUCGAGUACUUCCUGAUACCGAAUAAACAUUUAUCCCCGUAUCCACGAAUAAAUCCACGAAUAAAUCCUUCCGUUUUACUCGUUAUUCGAAAUAAAGUUUGCUCAACUCUGAUCCUUAACGUCACGUCGCGAACGGCGACAUCGAUCGAUUGUCAUACGCCAGUGGCGUUCAAACGUGGAAAUCAAGUUGGAAAGCAAUGAAAGGCACUAUUUAGACGUUACGUGGACACAGGUAGCGCCGAUAAUAGUCAUAAAACAGUACGUUACAUCCGCCCGCGCAUAUUUACAAGCGGGCUUGUUGCCGUUCGCGUGCGCGCUCCCCGAUUGUGCCAUUCGCGAUCUCUCGCGUCAUUAUGGCGAACCGACGGAGAAUUUUUGAGAAUAUUUCGAGGCAAUCUGGUUGUAGACGGUUACUCGGUUGUAUUAUCGUUUUGCACGAAUGAGAACUCUACACGAUGCGAUCAUGAAGUGGAUGAGCGGGCGAUAAUUUUAUCUGAAAAUGGCGAAGAGUAUGUAGUUCCAUUGUCAGUCACAUUUCUAGGUUUAAACUCUUUACUACCGCUCUUUCAAUCGUACACUGUUCGUUAGGAAAAUACAAAACGUGGCUAACAUCGAAAGAAAAUCAAGUUGAAAAGUAUCGUCGUGUCCUAGAAUUUGUAACCUCAACAUUUUCUAAACUAUUCAAGUUACUAAAAUUUAGAAAUCGUGAAACAUUUUACCGUAGUACGUAUGCAAGAUAACGCGUAGGUGUUAAUUUUUUUUUCUAAUUUACCAAUUGGAGGCGUUACUUUCAUUUUCCUAGUCUUGGUUAUUUUCCUCGCAAACUUUGAUCUCUUUGAUCUCUUUGAUCUCUCAAUUGAUUUCGUUUACGAUUGUUACUUUUAUUUCGAAAUGGUUUCCAGAUAAAAUUAGACCGAAGAAGGAACAGUUCAUAUUAUAUUUUUCAACGCGUGCAAGCGACCCGUCGUCGUGGCGUCUCGAUCGAUGUCGGGCGUCGCAACGCUUUUUCAACAGUUAACCCCUCUUUAUUUCUCGUUAAAGUUUUAAGUACAAUGCUGCAUAAUAACACGACUCGAAACAUGCUACCGAUAUAAUCGUUUAUGAUAAUUGGUCCUGAAAAAAUGAUAGAACCAAAUCUGGUUAAGUACGGUGAUCGUGUAUUUUAAGCGCCUUCCAUGGGCGAUAAGAAAACUGGAACUUGGAAUGACAUAUCUAAGGAUCUGCGCUUCUCUACGUGCCUACGCUUACACACCUCUACUCUACGCUUCCUAUCUUACUUGCGAUGAUUCGAUUUUAAUGUAUACUAACGACUGCUUUCCUAAACUGCACGUGUGAAAUCUGUGUACCACUUUGCCGACCGAAACGCUUGUCAGCGGCGAAUCAUAUCGUAUUAUCGGCGGUGCAGUCCGUAAUUACCUGCAGCGUUUCGCAAGUUUCAACUAUUAAAUGCACGGUCUACGUCAUGCGCGUAAGCAUGGAAUGUCUCGAAAUUUGUAUUCAAAGAAAACAAUAGUAACGAAAGCUUGGAACGAUAUUCGAUAUACACGUUCAACGUAUCGGAUAGAUAUCGAGUGGAGUUUCCAAGCUAUGUAAAGUUCAGCGCAGAGAUCGGCAAAAUUUUUUGAGAAAAAUUGAAGUUUUCGUUGAGCUCGUUUCUUAUUCGUCACUCGAAAUUGUUGUCUGAUCAGGAAUUUUGUCAAUCUCCGGUUCGGUGCAAGCGUGCAUAAUUCGUGAAUAUUUAUUAGCACCGUCGGCAAAGUCGUACCAUGCGUUGUUAUCUCAGGUGACUUAACGUACUUUUUUCCCGGACUAGAUACUCUGAUCGGCGAUCGUGUUCUCGCAUGGAGUCUUGGAACGAUUCCCCUUUAUCGAGGGCUCGAUAAAGCGGUACGAAAUGAAAAUAGAGACAAAUCAGCGAUCAUCUUGAUCACCGUUUCGUUUCCCCGCGGUAUAAAAUUAAUGCUACGUUUAGGUUAAUUUUAAUGUAACGAACGUUACUGUAAGCUUAAAUUAACGUCACACCGUUGAGGUAACGAAUAUGUAUUCGAUGGGAAUUAGUAACUUACGCGAAUAUGCAUGCGGCAAAACGAAAAUUAGAGCGAACGUAGACGAGUCCCUUAAUUACGAAUUUAUGUACAUUUCUAACCAAAAGAUUUUCUAUUACUUUUUCUUUUCUUCUUUUAAAUACAACACGGAGUCAACUGAAUCGAGAAAAGUAUUUUAUUCGAUAGCAUCGAUGGUGCACGUUACUUUUGUUUGUUUGGGUAAGCACGUGCUCCUCGAAGCGCGAUCGACGAUCGAUCGUCACAAGCGGAAACGGUCGUCGCCUCUGUGCUUCGAGCAUCACUUGCUUAUGCUUAUGUUAGAGGUAAUCGGUAACAAUCGAUAUUCGGGUCUUUGUAGCGUAGUUCGUACAAUGGUAACAGAUAUACAGGCGAAUAUAUCACUGGAUUAGCUUCGAGAUUCUGGGAAAUAUGCAAGGAAAGGAUCCGUGUCCUUCGUCUAGGAUACCCUUUUAGAUUAACAUCCAUCAUCGUAUUUUCUUUUCUUAUCUUACACGGCUCGUAUCAGAACUCGAACGCGCAUGAUCGUCACUACGAUAAGAAGCUAGAAAUCAUAAGCACAUCACCAAACUCUUGAAUACAUCUGACACUCUUCCACGAUACGUUUACUGUUUACGUGUAAUUAACGUUAUUACUAAUCCUGUUAUCAGUAGUGAUAUCGUUACAUGAUUAUUACAACUCGAUCGCGUGCAAUUUUUUUUUUUUUUUAACUGGAUCGCGUAGUGCACACGCAGUGGCGCAUUUAUGGGACCCGAAAAUGGGGUGGAUCUUAGGGGAGGUUGUGCAAAAAUUAGGGAACCUUUUUGAAUACGUAUUUAUUUGAAUUGGUCGAAAAGUAGGUGAAAUGAGAUUUUUAUUUUGCUGGGAUAUUCAAUUUUGAAAGAUGCUGAGGAUUCUUGACAGAUCAGGACAACGCGCCACUGUGCACGCGUGCUACGCAGGGUAGGGGGGCAAACCAAGUAGAGAAAGAUCGAACCGAAUGAGAAUUAAUAGUCCUAGUGCUUACGAUGAAGUUCGAAUGGACAUAUGUAUACAUGCAGUCAUCAAGAACCGGAGUCUCCGAAAUAUUCACGACGUGAUAUAUUUACAAAGUCUCUAUGCGUUGUUCGGCGACGAGUAGGGCGAGGGUUGGGCAAUGAGAACUCGAAGAAGCGUUAACGACCCGUUUACAUGGGUUCUUUAGCGACGAACUGUCUGGUUAGCUUGUCGACUUGGACUGACCGGAAACGGUGAUCGGUGGCGUCGAAGGAAGUUCUCUUUAGGGUUAAAGAAGGGGCUGGGAGGGUGUUGAUGGGACUUCUAAUAACGUGCUUUUAUUUCUUAGCUUAGAACACGUAUCACGCAAAAAACGCUACUUUUAUUGUACCAAUCGACCCGUUUUCUUUUGUCUCUUUCAGUCGAAUUCGAAGCUUCAAGGUCAACGAUGCAAUAAAAUAUAUGAAGUUUUUUUUUUUUUUUUUACAGCAGUCAAACUCAGUUAAUACUGUAUAAAGUCAGUUUCUCUAACAAUCGAUUUUUUUUUUUCUUUAAUCAUUUCUCGAAGGAUACAUAUAUAGUAUAUAAUAUAUGUAUACAUAUAUAUAAUGCCUUGUAGAUCUCGGGACGUUCGUAAUUGAUUUAAUAUAUAUAGCGUUUUCACGUCGAAUCUUCAAUUCUCAGAGAUACAUAGAGAAUCACCCGUGUCGUUACUCCGUAUUUUCCUUCUUUAUGUCCAUGUUUCAAGAAAUAGAUCAACGAAACGAUAACGCAAGUUAUACAAUCGGUAGGCCCGUUACGUCUUUUUUUUCCUUUUAAAAACAAUAACAGUAUCUGCAUAUAUAACACGUGGUAAAUAUAUAUAUAUAUAAUACAUAUAUUGUAUAUAUACGAAUAUGUUUACAGUUGCACGUACACGCGUAUGUAUAGUGUUUCGACGAAAACACGGAGUUUGGAAAAAUCGAACGACGGUGUCCGAUUUCGUCAAAGAAUCUCUGUCUUCGAUCACGAGAACUCGCCGAUCGAAACGUGCUACAUGCUCCGUCGUCUUGGAGCUUCAUUCACGAACGAACCACCGUACGCGUAUCCGUCGAUUAUAACAGUUUCACCGACAAGACGAGUAGACUACGAAGUGAUACUAGUAAAAAACAUUAUAAUCGAGGGAUGCUGUUAUAACAAAAACCUCCGUGGAGGUUUGUGAGUGAAACCGCAGAGGAACGUUUCAUUUGUUUACCGUUUCACGCGGAUAGGGGUUCCGAGGUUUCCGCGCUUUUCGCUCGUUUCGGUCAACGAAGUUCCCUGUACAGGUAGCGCAUAGUCUAAAGUCGUUACUGUACGAAGAUAUCGCGAUCAAAAGCAUUGCCUCUUUGCACAGGAAAUAAAAAUGUCGUUACUUCGAUUGAACGUGAAAAAGGAAGCGGGAAAGCUCGUUUUAGUCGCGUGAAACAAAUAAUAGAAAUCGUCGGCUAGAUCACUGUCCCUCAAACCUAGAGUGGAUUCGAAUUGUUUUCUUGGUACUGAUUUUAAAAAUAAAUAAUGUGUCUUCUAGAAAGCGCGAUACAGUUUCAUAUUUUUUUUUUCAUUUGAACUGUCGUUUAAAGUAAUGCACACGAAUGUGGCUUUUGUAACAGAUUCGUAUAUUUUGUUUUUU